CUGUCGGAAUCACAGCUUAGUCAGGGUCGAAAGUACGUAUCGAGCGUAUAUGGUUGAGGUCUCUGAUUCUUGCAAAAGGGAGCUAUCUAGGAUCCUAUAUAAGACCGUUGACUACCUUAUAGAGUAUGCUAAGCGAUUGUGCGGUUUCAAAAGCAGUAAUAGCAGAGUAAAUACGCUGCUUGCGCCAUAUGAUAUCAGCGAGGCAUUAAUCAGGCAUCAGUUGGUAUUGUUCGGUAAGGAACCUCUACAUUCCGACAGCAGGCUGGCACCGUGACAAUAUCCUACUAUAGAUUUACCAUUGUUGGCUCAUUCUAGCCAUGGUCAGAACAUAAGUUAGAAUUAAUAUACCAGUUGGCCUGUCUUUUGGCGUAUCUGCUGCUUGAGUAUGUCUUGAGCUUCAGUGUCCUGUGCUGCAUCAUCAUGGCCUUCUGGUAGAGAUAC